UUUUUUUUUUUUUUUUCUAUCCUCCAAUGUCAACUAUUCCGAAUGAUAUCUCUAUUGGUACACGUAUUCAAGUAGGAGAUGAUAGAGCUACAGUACGUUAUAUUGGCCAAGUCACUGGAUCUACUGGAGAAUGGUUAGGCGUCGAAUGGGAUGACGAUAAAAGAGGGAAACAUGACGGUUCUCAUAAUGGUACUCUUUAUUUCACUUGUAGAUCUAAGAGUUCAGGUUCCUUUAUUCGAUAUAAUGCUAAAAAAGUAUGGACUGGACGAUCAUUUUUGGAAGCACUUACUGCAAAGUACCUUGAAGCUAGUACAGAUCAUCAAGAUCCUGUGCAGGGGAAUCCUAUCAAUACUACUAAUACUACUACUAUUACAAAAGACGGGGAAAUUCUUUAUCUAGGUGGCAACAAGAAUAUUCAAGUAGAAACUGUUGGUUUUGAAAAAAUACAAAAAGCUCAAAGUCAACUUCAUGAUUUGAAAAUCGUUGGAUUACUUGAUAUGCGAAUCCUGGACGCCGGAAAGGAUAAAGUCAUUGCUCAUGCUGGUCUAUCUAUGGAAGACUUGGAUUUAUCAAAGAAUCUCAUCAACGAUUGGACAAACGUCGCAAAUAUCACUUCUCAAUUACCUCGAUUAAUGAUCCUUCGUUUGAAUCAUAUUCGCCUUCUUCCACCAAAUAUAGAUGUAUUGAAUUCGUUUUCCCCUUCACCAUUUGAUCAUUUGAAAACGUUGGUCUUAUGUAACACACACAUCACCUGGGACCAAGUGUUGCAAUUAGAUCAUCUCUUCCUUCAUCUUGAGGACUUACAACUUAGUGGUAAUGGUAUUCAAACAAUUGAUCGUGCUCCUAUUCACAUGCGACAACUCAAAUGUAUCAACUUGGAGGAUAACUGUUUGCAAGAUUGGAAAGAAAUCAAUCAUUUCUCUUCGUUACCAAAUUUACAAACACUAUUUUUAAAUGGCAACAUGAUUCAAACGAUCGACAUCAUACCAAAUACUUUUACCCAGUUGGCGUUUUUACGAAUCGAUAGGAAUCAAUUACAAGCAUGGACAAAUUUUGAUAUUUUAGAUCAACUUCCCUCAUUGGUCAAAUUACGUUGCCACGAGAACCCUAUUUUUAAAGACUUGCAUGUGGAAGAAUCUGCUGCUCAAAUUAUCGGAAGAAUCCAUGGUCUCACAACACUAAAUGGGAAUACAAUAACAGAUCGCGAGCGUAUUGAUUUGGAACGCUUCUAUUUGAAACUAUGCACUCGUGAUGGUGAUACUCCUGAAAGCAUCAAGUCCCUGCAUCCAAGAUUUUUACAAUUAUGCCGAGUACAUGGGGAACCAGAUUUUGGACAAAACAAACAAAAUAUUGGUAUGGUCACCUCAACAACUCUCAAUCAAAGACUGAUGACCAUUACCCUAUCUCAUUUACCACUGGAUUCCGAACAAGCAUUAUACCAACAUCAUUCAGCUAAUGAUUUACCUCCACCAAAACAAUCGGUAGAUAAACGUGUACUUGCCACCAUGCUUGUACGUAGUCUUCGUCAUUUGAUUCAAAAAUUAUUUGGUAUACCAGCAUCUCGACAACAUUUAUUUCUUAUACAACAACAACAACAUUCAACCAUCAUCAUGGAUAUGACGGAUGAUUUACGUGAUUUAAAGUUUUAUAGCAUUACCCAAGGGGACCAGAUCAUUAUCUUAGAUUAUUGAUUGUAUACUGUAGUUAGAUCUAAUUUUCCUCUCUCUCUC